AUGGCGGCUGGUGUAAACUUGUGUGAUGUUCGGAUUGAAGAAACUUUAAAAAUACGCAUUGGUAAGUUCUUAAAAACUUCAAAAUACAGUUCUCAUUUUCUUGAAAUUAACUUGGAAAUUUUAUAGGGGAGGCCAAAAAUCUACAGCCGCGAAAAGAACCAAGAUAUUCACGCAACUGUUACUGCAUUGUGACACUCGACCAAGAGGAGGUAUUUAGGACCGCAACUGUGGAAAAAAGUUUGUGGUGAGUUCACAUUAUUAAUUUUCAGGGGGCACGUUCCUAUAUUUUAAUUAUUUUUACAGAGGCAAGUGUGAAGAUGUAAUAUUUUAAUUUCGGGGCUAUGUGUAAAAUUUUGUUACGUCCUCGACGAGUAAGAUAAACUAUAAUCUUAAAUCUUAGAUUGUUUUGAAUCUACAUUUUUUUUUUCACCAAACUCUCAAAUCUUAAAGCCCUGUUUGUAACGAUCCUGUUAGCCCGAAAAAGUACGUGUACUAUGCCAUCUUGAUAUUUAGGUCUCGGGAACUUUCCUUGAUUAAGCUUACAGAUUUUUAUCAUGUACACGACGGAAGCUUAAAUUCGGGAAGUUUGGUCUUGGUUUGUACAAAGAAAUUUGGCAGAGGUUAAUUUGAAAUGAAAUAAAUCUUGUAGGCGGCUUUGUGUUGUAUGAUUAACCUCGCAUUAGCGGAUACCUUAAAAGCAUGGUAAAACGUGACAGGAAUUGAAAUGGGCCGUUUAAAAUCUGUUUGAUCUAACGUGAAAAUAAAUUAAUACGCAUUUAUUUCAUGUCGCGUGCAAACACACAUGUAUGACCUUUAACAAUUGUAUUCCCAUAAUUAGACUUUUUCCUCCUUUUUCGUGCAGCGAAAUUGAGUUAAUCUAUUGAGACAAAAUAAACACUUUUUUAACGUAGCUUAAUUUAUUGGUAUUUGCUUUUCAAAUCGAGAGAAGAAUUGUUUUCUUUUGGGUUUAUAAUUGCUAAUGAAAUUUUCAAGUCCUGGGUUAUAUUUUGAUAUAUUGAACUAAUUGACUUUGCUUAAUUUCUAUGUUUUCUCCGUAUCGGCUUUGAAAUCUUGUAUGGCAUUUUAGGAAAGAAAGUUUUUUCUUGCCAUAAGACCCGAUUCAUUGAUGAAGCCGGAUGUUUGAACACAAGAUAUUACCAAACAAUUUCUUUAUUUUUUAUGUACAGUCCUUGGCUCUUAAUUUAUUAAUUAGUGGGCUAAAAGAAGUGUUUCUUUUGGAAAGUUAUUGUGUAUUGAGGGCCUGUUUGAAAUUUUUACCAAUAGUAAUCUAUUAGAGCCUCUAGAAGAGUUAGGCAGUGGGUUUGCUGUUUAGAUUCCUGUUCUCAGUUUUUGGAGUUUAAAAUCUGUGGUGAUGUGUUCGACCUUGGAGGUGUUACAAGAUAGUCUUUAAAGAGCUUUCUAUGUAGAACUUUGUCUCUUUUAUUGUACAUUAUGGUCUUGGGAAGUCGUAAUUUUAACUUUUUAACGUGGGCCUCCAUUUUGUAAAAAUCUUUUGACUUACCAGUCCAGUAAUAAGUUUACUGGACAUCAGUGUGGGCAGUAUGUUGGUAGAAGUUUAUGCAACAGGACAAUAGAAAGACAAGGACGGCAAAACACUUGUGUGUGACAUACAUGACAGGGCUAUUACUUGCGUGUUUUGUGGUGAUCUUCAAACAUUAAUGUUUUCUGAUCUUUUAUGAAAAGAUAUGUUUAAGGGAAGGUGAAGUUUGGUGGAAAGUUUUCUCAAACAAAAUAAAUUAUUAUCAUGCUUGUCACAAAAGGUUUGCUGUCUUUGCAUUCUCUCCUCCCCUGUCCUGUUGCGUAAGUUCACUAAUGUUGUUACGUGGUGUUACCCUAACUACGUGUAUUGCUUGAUCAUGAGUCUAAAUUUUGACUGAGGAACAAUACUGAGAGUGUAUUUUAAGUAAAGUGGUCCUUGUGUGUCUUGUAUCCGGCCACAGAUCACAGUGAAAUGUGUGUUCUAUAUCUUGUCCCAGAUCACAGUGGAAUAGUAAGUUAUGCUCAGUAAAGAGAUGCAGUCAUGAACAUGCUAAAAAUGGUGCUAUUCUUCCUGUAUGCUUGUCAGAUAUUACAGCUGUCUAUAUAAAAUUAUAUUGAGCCUAACCUGAAUUUCAGCUGUCUCCUGGAGACUCGCAAACUCCCAACUCAAGGAGACGGCAGAAGUACCGGCUAUAUUAAGCCUCCAUAUUUUUGCUUUCAGAUGUAGCACUUAUCUGAGACAGGUAUCAAGUAGGCACAGUAUUUGGGGAAAACAUAUAUGUUGCAGUUAAUUCUUUAUUUCAGUUGAUUUUUGUUUUACCUUUGUUUAAAAUUCAUUAGCAUACAUUAACAUAUCCCAAAACAAUAGAAACAUAAAAAUGAACUGAAAUAUAAAAUUAACUGCAACAUAUACAUUGAUGUCUGACACCUACAGCCUUAUAUUAUGUUUAGGUAGAUAUUAAGAGACCUUAAAACCACAGCUACAAUUUAGCCUGAAUGAUCAUAUUGUCUUACAGUCUUGAGGUUACUUGUACACUCUGUCCCUUAAAUUCUUAUCCUUUUUUAGCAGACCAGUAGAUUUCACCCGUGAUAGCUCAUUUUCAAACAGUAUUUGUAUCGAUAAAUUCCUAAUGUAUAUAUAUAGUUAAAUAGAAAUAUGUCCAUUCAAAAUAGACAGUGCAAGAGCACUUUGGUUUAUAGGUGAAGCAUGGUUGGGAAAUACUGGACAUAAAAACAUGCUAAAACUGCUGUUUAUUGUAUUUCACACAAUAGUCAGAAUAUUUCAAAAAUAAAAUAAUUAUGUUGUAUUUUAUUUCUUUUGACAGCCCAUUCUUUGGUGAAGAUGUGCAUUUUGAAGUUCCAAGAGAUUUUCAGACAUUAAGCUUUUACCUUUUUGAUACUGACCUUAUUGGGAAAGAUACAGUACUUGGAAAGGUAGGACAACAAUGGAUGUUGAUGUUGAACUUUCAAUCUUUAUUUCCUGGCCAUGUCGUUCUCAUUGAUUGCCUUCACUUGAGGACUUCAGGCAAUUUUCGUUAAGGAUAAUCACCUUGAAAAAUGAUUAGGAAUCAUUUCUUGCUAUGUUUUUACAUGUUGGAUUAACAGUAUAUAGUAUUAAUGAGUUUUAGCUUACAUGUACCGUCACAGCUUUUUUUAGCAGUUUUUCUCUCUGCAAGUUUCAUAUGUGGAUUCACUUUGUGUACUUUAAGGUUGCAAUCAAGAGAGGAUGUGUUCACAGUUACCAUAGCGAUACAUGGUUUCCUUUAGUUCAUGUUGAACCUGAUACAGAAGUUCAAGGAAGGAUACAUCUGGAAAUCAAACAUUAUGAAUUUAUACCUGAUACAGAUGAUGAUGAAUUUUCCAAUACUCCAAAACUUAGUGUAAGGUGGGUUAUACCUGAGCUUGUUUGUCAAGAAGUAAACAUAGAGAAACUUAAAAAGAACCUUGUUCAACCCUCCAAGUUGCGACCAUUUUAGUUGCCAUGGCACCUAGAAUUUUGAAGCUGGUGACUUGAUUUGUAAAAAAGUCUCCCUAAACCAAGAGAGUUGGUCGCCAAAUGGCGACUAAACAAAAACUUUGUUUCAACAACAACAAAAAAAAGCCUCACUAUAGCGAACAGAUUUUUCUUGUUCCUUUUCCGCAAGUUCCAUUUUUCCAUUGUACAUGGUAAGGAGUUAAAGCUGCACACCUUUCUGGAAUUUAUUUUGAUUUUUCCUUUGGUUUAAAAUUUAUUGUGUGGACUUUUUCUUGUUACCUUCAAUUCACCCAGUGUACAAUAAAAUGACUGAGAAAGUUAAGCUUACAUGAUCAAGGUAACAGAGGCACCAAAGCGUACUUUAUUGUUGUGUUUAUUAUGUUAUUUGCUGAAGCAAAUUAAAUUUACUUUUUCUUAUCACCUUAUCACCUUUUAAAUUUUAUUAAUGCCCAUGAGGUGAUUAUAGAAAUAAUGCAUUCAGUUACUCUAUUACUUAGAAGCUGAUGACAAAUUUAUUACAUAUACAUUAUUUUCUUUUUUCUUUAUUUUGCUUUAGGAUUGUACAAUGUACUGAUUUGCAUGGAUAUAGUGGCAAUGGUACAUUUUCUGAUCCUUAUGUCAGUGUAACUAUUCAAGGACCACUGUCCAGGUAUGCACAAUAUGCUGUUUUUCUCAGCAAGCUCAAUAGUCCAGGGUAACUUUGGUGAUGCUCACUUUGAUGUCACGUAUUGAUAUUAACGUAUGUGCCAACCAGUUGUGCACGGUUCUUGUAUCAAAAGAUUCUUUUGUUUCACUCGUUACAAAUUUGAACAGCAAAAACAAUCAUGUCUCCUAUUGAGGUUUAAGUUACUGACACUUUUUCAGAUUCUGUGUUCAUUAUUAGUUUGCAAAACAAUGUAUUAAUUUUUUUAUUCCCCCAGGUCUGAGCCCAAAAAGACCAAAGUCAAGAAAAGAACUUUAAGUCCAUUGUUUGAUGAAACAUUUCUUUUUGAGGUAAGAAACUGACUGUUGAGUGAAAGGAAAUUUUUACUUCGGCGGAGCGCGAAGUAAAGGAUUCGCGACGCUCAGGAAUGUAUCAAAGUUGCAAUUUUUUGACAAGAUUGGGCAAGCAAAGUCUGUAGGUUUUCGGCUCUAUUCGGCUAUUUGACGAAGUGAGAGCCGAAUGAGUUCGAGAUAUCUCAAGAUCACUUCGAUUUCUUUGAUUUAUUCUUAAACUUUUUCGAGGGAGAGAGAAUUAUUAUUUUGGCUUCCCCGGGGUUUGAACCGACUCACCUGUGUGACCCGUCAGAUCAGAGGAGACUCUAAGUUGAGGGAUUAGCCGAUUGCGCUACUGCGACCCAAGGUAGUGUGGGAGAUGAAAAAUAGUGAUGAAGUGAUGCACUAGUUUCGGGACAAGAUUGGGCGUGCAAGUUCGUGACUUUUCGGCUUGUUUCAACUAUUUCACGAAAUGAGAUCGGACUACUUGUGAUAUCUUGAGAUCACUUGAGUUUAGUCUUUAAUUACUCGAGGAAUAAAUAGAGGAUAUUUCGUGGGGCGCAAGAGACACACGAAAUUUCUCUCGAGUGUUGAAAAACAUUUCACGAGUGAGCCCUCCUUUCGAACUGUUUUAUGAUGAAUUUAAAGUUACAAAAUGCUGCACAAAGACAUUUUGUCUUUGUUGAGUGUUACGUAGUAAAAUUACUUUCAUGCGUUGCGUGACUUUCUUCGGAUUAGCCAUGAAUAAUUAAUUAGGGCAUGUUUACAUUUCAGCAUGAGUCAGCCGAUUGGCAUCAGUUACUGAAAUCAUAAAAUAUGUCGAAAAGCUGCUACUAUUCGCCUGUUUAGUAUUCUCUAGAACCUUAUGUCAAACGGUAUACAAGUUCCAAGCGAGUUCUUUUGACGAACUAAGUUUUUCCCACGAGCUGGGCUGCUGUGUUUAGUCAAGUGUGACGAAGGUCGAUUAUUCAGGUUCUGUGUUUACAAGUUCGCGGAAGCCGUAAGAUAUCUGAAGUUCUAGUGAGAGUUUGUUAUUAUUGGUAGAGGCUGUUUAGUUUUACUCAAAGUUCAAGUCAAGUUUGUGUUGGCGGAUGCUGUGUUUUAAAGCUCUGUAAAGGCUAUGUUCCUUUGGUGUUAAACUUCCUUGUGUUAAUCCCACAUCCCUGCGUGCUGAUGGUCAGUGAAUAAUUAUCCUCAAAACAUUCGAACUCGUGACUUUGAGUUUUAGCCAAUUCCAUUCUCAACGUAAUUGACUCCUUACCCAUGCCUUACAUAUCUUUAAUCAGUAUGAGACUGCUAUGCUGUUUUUGAAGCCUGAUGUGACUAAGAAAAAUAGAGAAUUGUUUUUUAGAAGGAUUUGUAUGUAGUCAUCAGAGCAUAACUGGGCUAAUAUCGUGGAGACAAUUUGUCCUGAAAUGCUAGUUUUUAGCAAGUAGGCCUCUUGGAUGUUGCUCUUUUCAGAAUAUCCUGACAAAUCCCAUAAUUUCACACCUUACUCUUACCAUAUUUGAUUUCUUACUAUUCCUCCGCAUUUACAAUUACAUGUAAUUAGUUCCACAACCACGACGCCGAAGUGUACGCUAGCUCCGUAGCGUCUUGUUUUGUACAAAAUCUACUGUGGCACACCCAAUGACAUAUUAAGGCAUCUCCUUUAUGUUGACAAAGGACACCUUGUUGUGGCAUCAUAUGAUUUACAGUUGUUGUUUAUUUCCUUGUUAUAAAGAAGGUUAGUCACAUGUAGCCAGUUUCUCUCGGUUUGUACAGUUGUAAUAAUUUAGUUAAGGUCUAGCUUGUAUGUAAGGAAUACACUCCUAUUGUUUAAAACAUAGUUUUGCAAUUGCUCAUAGUCACUAGCUCUUACUUCUCUGCUGUAAAUUCUUGCAAAAAAAAUAAUCUUGUAUGGUUUUUUUCAUUAUUUAAGUAGUUAAAGCCAGAAUCUGCCACAGUAUUUACGGAUGAAUAAAUGAGAAUAUUUUUAUCCCCUCUUAGAUACCUCCUGAUGAUAUUGAAAGUUUAGUGUUGAGGUGUGUAAAGCUGAUUUCUUUUUUUUUUCCUUUUAUUACUUUCAUUUCUCAAUUAAGUUAAGGUCGCUGGAGUAUCUAGAGUAUAUACAACUGUACAUAAAGCAUAUGAUAUUAAUUUUCAUAGGUAGGUUGAGUUUGAUCGUCCAGGUGAACGUGAUCCUGAAUAGGACUGUUGUUGACGGUGACUGACGUUUUGACAAUCUGAAUAGUCAAUUUUAGUGUCAAAGUGAGUUGUAUCGCGUCAAUUGAUGGUAUUAAACUCAUGUUAUUGAUCUGAUUGGUCAAUUAGGUCGCAAUGUUAUGGGUCGUCUGUCAGUUAAGCCCUGAUGUUAUUGGUUAUGAAGACUCAUAAUGUCAUUGGUACAUUUUGAUCCGUCUGUAGUCACGGUUAAACAGCCGUUUGUUGUAAAUCAAAUUGUCGGUUGUCCAGUCAUUCCCUCAUGGUUAGUUUUGGUUGAGUCUGUCAGUAUUAUGAUAAGUCGUUUGUAUGGUGGUGUACAAAUUAUUUUGGAUAACUAGUAAUAUCCAAAGGUUAGGGAGUGCGGGCGACAACUCUUUUGCUCCAACACUGUGCUUUGCGUAAGUUUCCUGUAACAGGUGGUUGAAACAUGCGUGAUCAGAUUACGAGGUGUAGAAGGUUAAAAGGCAUGAUGAAAUUGCUUUUUUUGCACAUCCAUUCAUUCUUAGUUGAAGUCUAAACAAAUGCUGGCUACAUACUUGUGACGCAUGCGUAAUAACAACCUGGAGGUUAGGAUUACGCGGGGCUCCUCUUGUCACCUGCAAUUAACUUAAAAACUUUGUUGUGAUAACAGCACGUCUGGGUAUCUCUAAAUGUAAGAAGUAUGUUAUAUGUAGUGCAUGUGGUAUGCAAAUGUUCUGCCAAUCUCACCAUAAUGUUUUUUAGUUGUGAAAGGAUUAAAGAGAAUGUUUUUUAUUGUCUUAUGUUGAAAGGUGUACAGCAUGGAGUGCCAGUCUUAUUGGGGAAGAUAUCUUUCUAGGAGAAGUAAGUGAUUAAAUUGCAUUAAGUAAAAGUGUGAGCCUUUGUCUGCAUCAGACAUAGCUGUUAUGAUCAGUUACCUCUUUGUCACUUUUAUGUCACAAGCUUUUGUGACAAUUUGAUUUUAAAUUCUUUUUUUUCUGGAUUUGCAAGCUCAUAAACAGGGCCAGGGCCGGAAGGUGUCGGCUAAACAGCAGUCUUGAAUUAAAAUAAAUUUUCCUUCUUUAAUUUUUACAUACCUUUAUUAUGAUUUGCUUUAGUUUCCUGAUUAUAAAUGUAUGUAUAACAUUUUUUCCUACAGGUGAGAGUACCCUUAAGCAAGUGUGACUUGUCUUCUUGCCAUGAAGGAUGGUAAGUGAGUUUUAGUUUGUGUACUUUUCAAUUGCGUUUAAAAGGAUUAGCACAGUUGGUAAGUGCACGGCCUUCAGUGUGGGAUGUCCCAAGUUCGAUAUCCUGAUGUGACCUCAAAUCCUUCUUUUGACUUCCUUCCUUUCCGUAUUGCUUUAAGUAGCUUUAAAUGCCUGUAAAACGGAGUACUGAUGGUGUGAGGGGGGUAAAAUGAGCGCACCGUCGGCCUCAGGUUUGUUAGUCACAUGACUAUUUUGAGUUACCAGCGUAAAAUAAGACCUCUUUACCUAUAUCUCUACCUUUUUUUUAUAUUAUCCCAAUCACAAAGAUGUGCAUGCUGCAGGGCUGGAGGCAGGGGGAUACUCAGUUACUAUUAACUUGACCCUCAUGUUACUCCUAUAGGCACCCCCACUGGGUCUGAGAAAAUCUAAGUCGAAACCCUCCAGAGGCUUGGGUAUUACUUUUCUUGGUACAAUGCAAUACAUAUAUGGUCACAGUGUCAUGCAAGAGAUAAAAAUGUGUUUUCCUAAUUUCCACUUACAGCAUUUAGAUGUGGGUCAGGUCAUGUAGUUAAUUAAUUAACCCAGCCAACUGAAUGCUUGGCUCAGUGACUGUGACUGUGCCAUUACUCUGAAGUAUGUGGCUAAUUAAUGAUUGUGCUUUGCUUUUGCGUUUAAGGUAUUGGCUUGGCCCACGUGAGGAUAAAAGUGACCCUGUUAUAAAACAAGAUUUAGGUUCCUUAAGACUCAGAGUUUGCCACAGCCAAGAUUAUGUCUUCCCUUCCAGUUUCUAUGAUCCUUUGAGGGAAACAAUUUUAGGAAUGGGGGAUGGUCAGGUAUACAUGUAUUGUUAUCUGUUGGUGCAUGUAAAUUGAACAAUCAAGCCCUUUAUUUGUAUGUUUUUUAAGGUUCACUAGAUGUUGUACAGAUAAUGAAACAUCAGGAGUUCUUCUUGACACUUUCCAGUGAUCUAUCUCAAACCCAUACAAUCCUCAGUCAUAACUUACAGUGCGUGCAAGGCCCCUUUUGAAACUAGCCAAAGGUUGAUAGGGCUACCCUGCCUAAAUACAGUUUGACUGGAUAUGAUUGAGUUGAGUUGAGCUUACAAUCAUAAUAAAACCUGCUAGAGCAGUCUUCGUCAUGUUCUUUCAUUUUGUGUACAAAAACCUUAAAAUGCCAAAUUGUGAAAAUCUUACCUACCCUUACAAGUUGACAGAUUCAGGCAAUAGGGUUUAAUUUUUAGGUUGAAUAGAUGUGACUUGUUUUUACAUGAAAUAGGUCAGCAACGUUCUUAAUUUCGAGUAACUUUAGUAAAUACUUAUGACUUGUUCCGUAGGAUGUACAGACAACAGCUGCCCAUAUUUUGGGUGAGUUAGUCAAGGACAAGGCCACAGUAGCACGAUCAUUGGUCAGAGUUUUUUCUCACCAUAACCAGGUAUGUAACUGACCUUAAUUAUCUGAUCACCAAUUAGCAAUAAAUUGUUACCAUCAUAUCUUUAAUGACUUUGGUAAUAUAUUAAAGAGUUAUUAAUAAUUCAUCAUUACAUAUUUUCUACAUAAGCUCCCCUACUUUUAUCUACAUGUGCAUAAGAGUUCAGUAUGGUCCAGAAUUUCAGGUCAAAAUUAAAGAGACUCAAUAAUUUUCCAAAGAGAAUCCUUCUUUACAAUAAUGUAAUAUAUUGGUGUAUUUAUUUCCUGUUUUUAUUCACUGCUAAUAAGUCCAUUUUGCUUGUCAACCUUAGGUUGUAGAUUUCAUCAAGCUGGUUGUAGAUCAUGAAGUACAUAGUACCAAGUGAGUUACUAGUUGAUCCUCAAUAAAUUUCUUCAAGAUUAUUGUUAUGCCUUGAUACUCAUAACAAGUGCAUUGGCCAACUAGCAGGGAUUUCGGAAAAUUUGUUGUAAAAUUAUUUCUUGCUUGCCUGCCUCUCCUAGGAUUUUCGAACAUCUAAAAAACUGGUAUAAUUGCGCAUUUUUAAUGGAUUUUUACCCUAAAAAGGUCACCUAGAAUUUUCGAGAGCCUUUUUUCUGGCUGAUAUUUUUGAAAAGGUAAGUUUUGAUCCGUUUAUUUUUCGGAUCACUAGACUUUCAGCUAGGAAAUCCGAACAGAUGAAAAAUUUUGGUGGAUAGAAAUAUGCCUAUAUCUACCGUUUAAAUACAUAUGUUUAACAAUACUAUGUUUUUAAGUGGUUUUGACCUAUAUUCUCAUAGGGUGCCUCUGAACUGGUUAUGAGUGUGUCAUAUGCCAUGUGAGAAGGGUAAACCAAACUCUUUAACCAUGUCCAUAGGGAGCUAUACUCACAUGUAAUAUGGGGAAACAAAACUCAGUGUGUUUUCCUUGAGGUCAUUCAGUGACUGCUCAGUGAGUGCUUAUAAAUUGUUUGAGAUCGUUCUCUGGGCAACUCACUUUUUGGUAUCUGGAUAUCAGCUUGAAAACUAUCUUGAAAGCAUUUUAGGUGUACCGUAACUCAGCAUUGUACACUGUAAUCGUUUGAUUCAUUGUUAAUGUUUCACAAAAAGUCAUGUUUUUUUUUGUACUUCAGAGAUUCCAAUACACUUUUUAGAGGCAAUUCAGUGGCAACAAAGUCUGUUGAUGAGUUUAUGAAACAUGCUGGCUUGUAUUAUCUUCAUGACACAAUUAAAUGCCUGGUUGAUGAGGUAACGAAUUUAAAGGCUAAGACAUGUCUGUUCUGAUAUUCAUUCAGUUAAUUAGUACAUUCUCUACUCAUUAAACCCAUUAACAAUAGAUAGGUGUGGGGAAGGUGCCUGGUGAAACUGAAGGGAGCAGCAAGGGGGCCUAGAACGUAACCAUGACAACCCUGUGAGUGGCUUCCACCAGGCAACGUCACACUGAGAACCUCAGUGGAGAAAUACGCGGAUACUUCCCAAGACAAACAUCCAAAGGGGAGGGGGCACGGGGGCAAAUACAGUUAAAGCUAGUGCAUGCAAAGACAAUGUGAGCAAAAUGAUUGACUCCUGCGAAAGGGCUGUAAAAUUACUAAAGCCCAAGACCGCCCCACAUAUGAUUAGUGGUGGACACUGCUGGCCAGCAUUGUCUCAUGUUUAACCUUGCCUAAACUACAUUUUUAGCCUCAUUGAACCUCGUGGGGGUUUAUUUUUGCAUCAGUGUUUAAUAAUUAUUAUGCCCAGUUGUAGCUUGUAGAAAGUAGUGGUGGCCAAGGGGAGAGGGCGUGUGCAUGUGAGGUAUCUUCUUUAGCAAAAUGUUGUAGUGGUUUGCAUUUAGUGUACUUUUGGUUCUAUUUUUCUUUUGUUUCCGAUGAAACAAGCUGGGGUUCAUGCUCAUAGUAGUUGGGGGAAGUAGAUGAAAUUUUUGAAAACUAUAAACUAGGUGUUUUUUGACUUGCUGCAGAUAUUUGAUGACCAUAAACGCUGCGAAAUUGACCCAGCAAAACUAAGAGAAGGUGAAUCGUUAGAUGCCAACUUGGUAAGUUCGUUUGUUAAAAUUUUUGAAUCAUUGCUGUGCAAUGACCUGUUAAUAUUACCAGCUAUUAAAUAUUUAUCUGAUAAUAAAUUAUUUGAUGUUUAAGUCAAGUGGAUUCUCACUUCCUUUUUACAGGAAGGAGACAAUUUAUGAAAAAUUAUUCCUUAAUGGGUGCACCUGCAUGGGAGGUGUAGACCAGUUGAUGAUAUGGGGGAUGUAACCCCUUAUUAUGAAAGGUGGCCACGCCCAUGAAAGGGUGGAUAUCUGUUAAUAGUUUAUUAAACUCUUGUGACAAGUAGCCCCCUUAAUAAUAAAUUAUUUGCAUGAAUAUUAUGCUAUAAUAAUUUACAAUUUAACUCAUUUCCUUUUGUUUGUGGAUAAUGAAUAAUAUAUUUUGCUUCUGUGUUCAUGUUAAUUUUUCAGGUCAAUUUACGAGGCUAUGUAAACAGAAUAUUUGCAGCUAUUACUUGUUCUGCUAUGGCGUGUCCAACAGUUAUGUGUCAGGUCUUCCACAACAUCAGAGAAGCUGCCAUGUCAAAAUUUCCUGGUAAGAACACUUUUGACACUUCUCAGUGAGGUGACCUCUUUGUUACAUCUUGAGGACUCAGCUUUUAAAGUAUUCUACAGGAAGCAUUGUCAGAUAUACCUCUGCAUAAUGUUAUGCAGUUGAUGUCAAAAUUCAUUAUUGUCAUAGAUACGAUUUUGAACAGUGAAAGGCUUUUAGUAGUAUUAUCUUUAUUAUUGCAGUCUUUGUCCAAUGACAGUUAUUGCUUGAACAUCCUGUGGUUCAUUCUAGAUUUAUAAGAAAAAAGUCUUAUGCAAAAUCUAUUUUUUGGGAGUGUAAGGCUAGGAUGUACUUACAUAGGCCGCUUGCCGCUUUAAGUAAUAAGGCAUGUAUCAUCAGGAAAUCCAUUCGGAAGUCAAACCGAGAUUUUCUUUGCCUCCUAAGAAUAAAAAAACAAAGGGAAAUUCUGAAUCAAACUAGGUCAGACAGAUUUUAUUACAACAAAGCAAUUUGGACCUUACUUAUUGUUCAUUUUCGAUCGUCAUUUCUUCAUGGGGAGGCUCUGUGACUUUCCGAACUUUGCAAAAGUCAGUGCUGUUUUUCUGUUUCAGAUGACAAUGAUGUCUGUUACACAUCUGUGAGUGGUUUUGUGUUUCUGAGAUUCUUUGCUCCAGCCAUUUUAAAUCCCAAAUUAUUCCAGAUGAGAAAUGAACAUGCGGUAAGCAACUUUUGACCUUUUCUUAACGAUUGAAAAAAAAAAAAUAAAUAAAUAAAUAUGAACGUUAAGAAAACGUUAUCUUCAAACCUACCCUUGUGGUCCUGAUUUCAUGCUUCACAUGUAUAUACUACAUGUAUAUAUACUACCUAGAGGUCAUAAGGACAUCAACAAAAUUAACUGGGCAGUUGAAAAGAUAUGGGUUAAUUUAAUUUGUUGUUGUUUUCUCUUAUCAGAAUGCACAGACAGCAAGAACCCUUACACUUAUAUCAAAAGCAAUACAAAGCUUAGGAAAUGUUGUUAGUUCUGUUCUGGUAAGUGACAGUCUAUUUUAUAUAUUUAAAAUUAUUUUAUAUACCAUGAGGUCACAGUGAGAUUUUUUGGUUAACAUAACAUUGGUUUACAAUAAACAUCAAGUUUAGUGGUUGAACCAGUGGGGGAGGGGGCUUUCCCUCCACUAAUCCCGCUUCAUUGCCAGUGUGGGCUUAGCCCAUUUAGACCUCAAGUGGGUUGGAGGGUUGAAUAGGUGCUUCUUAUAAAGAUUCACUAUGCUUUCAUAUGUUGAUGCCAGACCAUUAGUUAUUCUUAUUACGGUAAAUCCUCUAUCAAGCCCCCCAUCUCAAAUAAGUCCUUUGCUUUAAGGGGAAAAAAGUUAGUAAUCCCCCCUCCCCUCCCCUUAUUAUUCUUCACUAACAAAUGAUAGACUGUAUUUGUCAAUCACGACUGUAAAACUUUGUGUGGGCUGAUCCGGGGUGGUUUAUUUACCAAUGGGAAGUUCAGAUUUGAUUCUGAUCCUCGGCUGCAUGACCUCCAACCUUCUCGUACUUGAGCUUUUCCACUUUGUAUUCUAGUUCUUUAGAGAGAACUGAUACCAUCGUCUUUUCUAACUGAAGUAAGCCCCCCCUCUCAAAUAAGCUCUGUCUCUAUUAAGCCCCCUCAAAUGGGCUUGAAAAAAUAGCCCCCCGCCCCUCCUAGGGGCUUAAUAAAGGAUUUAUGGUAUAAGGAUUUAUAGUACAUUUUUUGUGGAGUUAAGUAGUACAGGUAUUGAAAAUGAUCUCUGCGAUGUUAAUGCUUAAUUAAAGAACUCACGUAAUGAAGGGUGUGGGAAAGCAAGCUGGUUGGGGCAUUAAAUAGCAAAACCACGGUUGUACAUGUAUAGGCACCUUAAUGACAUCAUGAUUUUGAACUCACCUUUUUUUUUUUACUGGCUGUAGUGUGGACAGGUUAAGGAACCUUAUAUGGAGACAUUGAAGUCAGUGAUUCUUGAUCAGGAACACAUUACUGCAGUGAAACGGGCAAGUGAAUUGCUGUGAUUAUUACAUUAAUAAUACAUGGCCAGUUGCCAGAGUUUCUGGGUUCACAAAUCUCUAAAUUUAAGAAUAAUGUGAACAUAUUUGCUACAUGCACCAAGUGGCCAUUUGUCCCUUCUCUGUGCCAGGUAAAGAGAAGCAAAACUUGAUAAAGGUACAUUUAGUAGAUGUAAAUGUAAAGUGUACCUUGGUAAGUACAAUUUGUAUUACAUGUCCCAACGAACACACAAAAAGAAAACAACAACAAAAAAAAAAGCCCAAAAAGUCAUACUUAGCUAAUGUUGCCACAAUAAGGGCCAAAUAUUGGCCAUCAUGGAUCUUCUGCAUCCUUUCAAACUUUGCUAAAUCUCAUCUUUUGUGUUAUUUAUUUUUUCAUGUUUCAGUUCUUAGAGAUAAUUUCGUCACCGAGCAGUGCACAAGGGCUUCCUGUUGACUCGACCAUUGUUCUGAAGGAAGGGUGAGUAUCUUGUGAGGCCAUUAAUUUUGGAACUGAAAGAGAAAACACCACACAUUGAAUAAACUUGCUAGAAAAUUGGCAGCAGUGUAUAAAUUUUCACUUUUAAGGUUGAAAAAGUUCCCAAGUCUAUUUUUCUUACCCACUUUCAUCACCACCACAUCCAGUGAGCUUAGCUGGAAUGGUUUUAAAGGAUAUAGCCCUUAGUGACAUUCCUGUUUUUUAAAGUCUUAAGGCAUUCACACAUCAACAGAUUUUGUUACUAAGCCAAUCCAUGCAUUCUAGUUUCUAGCAUACUUGUAUUUUUUGAGCCACACUUAAGUGGGUUUCAUUUUUGGUAGGUACAAGGUUAGUUUGGACAUGGUUUCUAUACUGUGAGGUACAACAGAAUGUACAAUCAUCAGUAUGUCAUUUCCAUGGUCAAAACUCUCAUUGACCAUAGCUCUCCACCAACCAGCAUGUGAAAUAUCCCUCUAUUAUUGUAAAAACAUAUUUUGUAUAAAAUAUCCUUGUUUCCUGUAGGAUAUUGGUAAAGAGAGCACAAGGAAGAAGUAGACUGGGCUUCAAAAAUUUCAAAAAGAGGUUCUUUGUUUUGACAAACAAGGGCCUUACAUAUUCUAAAGACAAGACCAAGCCUCCUCUUGGUAGUAUACCUGUGUGUGAUAUUUUAGGUGCAGAGCGUCUUGGUGAAGACUCCUUUCAUUCAAAACUGGUAAGCUUAACUGUCAGGGUGCAAAGAAAGUCAGUUUUACAGCUUGCCAUUUGCAGAUUUGGGGAAGCUGUAGGUAGCAUGUACUAACCCAGUAGUCUUUUGAUAUAGCCUGAAAAAAAAAUUGGAUGAGCAGGAUUGAUUACUGUUCUUCUAAAAUUUGAAUUCCCCAAAAAACUUCACUUGCCCAGCUCGAUAGCAAAAUCCACUAGCCCCUGGCCUUUGGACAGGAUUUUCUUUGCUUACUGACUGUUUGAAUUUAUGCUCCAGUUUAAUGGAUCAGGAUGUAUCACAGUUGGAGGUGCAUGAUUCCUUUCAAUUCUUUUUUCAUACAUGCUGGAUUAUUAUUUCAAUACAUUAAUUCUUAGGAGAUUUGAAGUGUGACACUCGGGCAAUGUAAUGAUAGAGUGCAUAUCUGAAGAAGCUAUAUAUUAUUAUGUAGCUGGAAAUUUCUUCCCAACAGCAUGCACUGUCAUUGGUUACGUUGAGGUCACAUGACAUAUAAUCUAACAAUGAAACUGUUUCCUGCCAAAAUAUCUGAGAAGGCAACAUUGCAAAAUCUUUGAUGUCAGAGGGUAACAGUGCACCUUCUCAAUGUUUCCCUCAGCUUCGCCUUGAGAAACAUUGAGAUUCUUGGGAAACAAAAUUAACUGUUUUCCGUGGGUUUAGUUUUAAAGUGUUUAUUGCCAAGCAAUAAUUAUGAAUCUUGUGAAUCAUGAUUUAUUCAUUACCGUGAAAACAGGCCCUUUCUACUGAUUAUACAAGAUGUUGCUUGUAAAAUUUUCGCAUUAAAUGCAGCAACCAUGAGCAACAGACCAGGAUCAAUGAACUUUUUAUAAACGUUUUAAGAAGUUGACCUAUCUAGAAUAGUAGGCAGUACUGUAACCACAAAGAAAGUUUUUACUUAGUUUUUUUCUUUGUUCUACUUUUAGAUGGUGCAGAUUAUCCAACCUGACAGACAGUUAUAUAUCCAGGCAAGCAAUACUGUGGAAGAGAAAGAAUGGUAGGUACUUGUAGUUUAAGAUUUUCUAGAAAACUUGAUAAUAUCCUUCCAGGGCUGUUACUAAGAUCUGAAGGUGCCGGGUAUGACUGCAUGAAUUGUGAGGAAACAUCUCUUAGCAGCUACCUACUUGUUUAUUACUGUAUGUGGUAAAUUCGGGGCAAAUUCCUGCUUUUGCAGAUGGUGCAACCACCCAGUGACAUACGUAUGUUAGUAAAAACAGAAUAAAAAGGCACUGAACAAUACCUAGACAGCAAAGCAGAUUGUAUUUUUGCAUGGGUAGCUCAAGAACGCAAGAGUGGUCAGAUGACAGUCCUAGAGCGAGAGCACACGUUUAUGUGAGGUUCGUGCUCCCAUUCACGCUUGCGUGAACAUCUCUCACGGGCACCAUAAAAAACUGAAUUUGAGGGGUAAAAGCCGACUGUUGUGCAGUCCAAACAAUACCCAGACCACAACACAAUUGUUAGCCAACAAUAGCCUCCACAAUUUAGGUGAAAUUUGUGCCAUAUUUUAGGUGUUGACAUUUUUUUAUUAUUUUCUGUAGGACACGUGCACUUCGUAAGGUUUGUCAAAGUAAUCCACACAAAGUACAGAAAUACCACCCAGAGGCUUUUGUCGGUGGAAAAUGGCUGUGGUAAGAAAGUAAACGUAAACCAAAAUACCUUAAACGCUAUAAGCCCUAAUAUCCACACACAAUUUCUUCAGUCUGAUUUCCGUACAUUUCCUUAAAGAAUUAGUUGAGAGAAUUUGAUAAAAGAUCAAGGCAUUUUCCUCAAGGUGAUCAUUUUAUUAAUUCCCAUAACCUAAUCUCUUCACAAUGUAUGGAUAUUGUCAGGAGAAAAUUGAUGUUGGUCACUGCUGGGACUUAAAGGGUUAUGGAACCUAGUUAAGAGAAUUUGAUAAAAGAUCAAAAGCAUUUCCCCUCCUGUGAUCAUUUUGUGAAUUCUCAUAAUCGUUUCUCUUGAUGAUGCAGUGAUAUCGUUAGUGGAAAAUUGAUGUCGGUCUCUCUUGGGACUUAAAGGGUUAAAUUGAAAAAAUUAGCCUAAAGCUGGUGUAUUUUCAAGUGGCCUUUUUAGGGGGCUGGUUAUUGGGGGCUGGAACUUCCAUUUCAAAGUUGGCUUGGGUUUUGAUACAAAGAAAAUUAGUAAUUUUUAGCUAAUAUUCAGUGCCGGUUGGUUUUCUCUAUUGCUCCGAGAAGAUUCCCUCUUGUACUUCAUUUUUCCCUUGGCUUCUCCUCAGAGACCAAAAUGUGCAAUUUCCGAUUCGAUCCGAGAUGGUACUUUUAAAUCGUAAGUUAUUUAUUUUAUCAUUUGUGUCCUAUAUUUCUUUCAGCUGCAAAGAGCGUUCAGAAAAAGCAGUUGGCUGUACCCCCAUCACUGAGUAAGGACACUACAAUUUCUUAUGCGCUGGGUUUCCAUAUUCUGAGGGAUGUUCCUUGCACCCUGAGGGAACUAAACCAGUAUAUUUUGUAACGUUUAGUGUUGAAUAGGUUAAAUGCGCUUAUGCAAAGAGUUUGGUGAGCAUCAACAACGAAGUUGUUUUUAUUUAAGGAUACUUCUUCAGUGUAAUUUAACGUGCUUGUUUUUCUUUGUUCAGGGUCCCUCAACCUAAAUGUGUGAACGUAGCUAUAGAUUGUGAUCGAGAGAUUGAAAGAAUACAUUCAUUGUUCUUAAUGAAUCUGGAGAAGUUGGAUGAAUUGCAAAGUAAGUCUUUAGUUAAAGCUUUCAGAAUUCAACCCGUUCACAUCCAGAUAUCAUAUCGUAUCGUAUCGAGUUAGGGUUUUAGGGUGGAAUUACACUGUCGCGUAAAAUUGACGUGCGUAAAUGACAUUUAACCGAUGGUGGAAAUUCACCCUUAAAACUGAAGGGUGGUGCCUUGGUUCUGCCUUUGUUUUGUUUGUUUUAGGCGCGCAGAAUUUGUGGUGGGGAGAGAAAAGCGCUUCUCGUGACCUCUUUUCUUGUGAAAAGGAGAAAGUAACUUGGAGACUGUGGUUGGUGACGUAAAGAAACAUCGUAUUACCAAAGUGUUGAGCCGAACUGAUUCAUCCAGUUGCAAAUGCCCAGCAGUUAGAGAAUGAUACAUUUUGCCAAGAUUUCUUGCAAUCGUUUUUACUGAAAAAAAAAACUUUGAUGUUUAUUUUUCACUUUGCAAAAUGUGAUUGGCUAUGGUACAGUAGCAGGACGCCUAAGCCGUCUCUGUGGGGUACUAUGACUUCGGUGAUUAAGCAGCGAUAAUCACUUGUUUUCAAUAAUCGGUAGCAAGGGUGGCGCAGUGCUCUAACCAGUGUGGCCCGGGCACAAAUCCUGGCGGUGACGCCAAAUGUAGGUUGAGUUUGUUGUGGGUUCUCUCUCUCCUUGCUCUGCGAGGUUUCUCUUCAGGUACAAUGUACUCCGGUUUUCUCCACUCCUCAAAAACCAACAUUUUCAAAUUAAUGGAAACACAACUAGGUGACCUUAACUGUUUGGAAAUAAUCUUUACAUUUAUCUAUUCUUUUUCUUCUCAGCGGAUUGUGAAAGUCAGUGUGAGAAGUGCACUGUACAAGGAACUCUCCAGGAAAUGUGGCAGCAGAGAUUGACGACCAUCAACAAUAUCCAAUCACAUGUGAUCAGUUUAGAACAAGAACAUAAACAACACCGUAAAAUUACUCAUCGACUUACAAGACAUGGUAGCAAGUGAGUGCCUAUGUUCCAUAACGAUAGUUGGAAUUCAUUUAUUUUAGUGAUUGACGAGAAGGAGACUGGGUCCAGUUGACUUUCGCAAAGACUUCUGGGAAUUUUAUUAGGCCCAAUAGCUGACCGGCACGUCUCCAGUAACAAUCCCAGAAACAACUGCGGGACGUACUUCGUUUCCAGUUCCCGUCUCGUUUCAAAAAUUGCAAAUAGCCCACGUUCGAUAUAUUAAUAUUCUAACAUGACUCUGAGGCUGUAUGGUCAAAAUCGCAACUUUUCAAGACUCCAUUUUCUCGCAAUUCCCAUUAGAGACUUCAAACAGAGAAAACCAAAGCAAAUAUAGAAAAAUGAACAGAAAGCCUCGGAGUCAUGUUAGAAUUUUCACAUAUCGAACGUGGGCUAUCGGCGACCAUGUAUGCCUUUGGAAGGUGUCUUUGACUGGAGAUAACCCAUUUAAAAGAGGAUAACGAGUCGGGAGUACAAAAGGUAUUGUAGUAAUAUCGAGAAAUCGAUGAGGUUCCACUGUAGCAUAACGUUUACUUAUUUGUUUUGCAGAAAAUGUCCAUGGGGCCCCACGCAAGAAUCUCCAGAUCCGUUUAGACGUUUUAUUCUGUCGUAACCCGCUCUCUCUCUCUAUCGUGUAUAUAAAAGGUGGUAUUCUGUAGGUGUAAGAUUUGUUUAUAAUACAGAGUAAUGUUAUUUUUUCAAAGUAGUGUAAGUUAUAGGUUUUUGGACACUUAUUAAUUCAGCUUAGGGCCUUUUCUGAAAACAGUACGAGAUGCCACUUUAACUAGCCUGCGUUGCAGCCGGCCCACGCACUCGUCUAAACCAUUUGUAUAGUCUAUACAGAAGGUUUAGAACGUCUGCGACGCAGGCAAACUUUAACUUGUUUUAAACGAAACAGAUGGAUAAAAGUUUAUUUUAACCCUUUAAACCCUAAGAUCAAAAUUGGAAUUCUCAUUUGUUGCCUCUAUUCAUUUCCUACAGAAGUAGUGGGGAGAAGUUGAUAAAAUAUCAAGCAAAUUCAUCUUGUGUGAUCAUGUCUGUAAUUCUCAUGACCACUCUUUUUUUACACAGAUAUUACAAAAUGCUGAUCAUUGCUUAAAGGGUUAAUUAGUGUAGGAAGGAGAAAUUUGAUGCAAACAUCAAUGAUAAAAACAACAGUGCUGCAGUUUAUGUUCAAAGCACCGUGGUGCACAAUCCUUUGUUUUCUGUUGGCAAAUUAAAGGGAAUAAAUUAAUGCAACGUUUUUAUUGGUCAAUACAAUCAAAAUGAUAGGAAUUCUUUUGAACGUUGUGCACUUUCAGGUCCACAAAAACAUAUAACAAAGGAGUCUGACGGGUUUCAUAACCAUUCCACUCUAUUAACUAUGGUUUAAAGUCAAAACUACAGGCAUUUUCAAAUUCUCCUAAUUGUUCUUCAAAGGAACUGUAAUAAUCUAAUUUAUUUGCAUAAUUAUGAGGUAUUUAAUCGUAAAACUAAUUGGGGCAUUAAUCCUCCCUUCAUAGCAGAUCCUCUAUUCAGGUUGCGUGCGACUCUGGUUCAGUGUUGUGUCUGCCAUUUUAAAGGUGUUGUGGGAAACUGGGUCGAAAUUUUCCCUCUAAAACGGACAGCACAUCACGAAUCCAGUCUCGUUUGCAACAUCAGCCAAAGCUUUAAGGCCAAGUCGUCCAAACUCAAAUUCAUCUCUUGCCCGAUGUCCAUAAGACGCUGUUGUCCUACGUGGCUUUGCAGCCAUUGCUUCUCCACUUCUUCGGGCGACUUGACCGACCCAGGAUGGCCCAAGAUACUUCCGCCUUCAGAGUGUGCCGCUUCCAUUUCAAGGCUGUUUAUAAUGCUGUUUGUUAUUUAUUUCAAGGCUGUCUAUAGGGCUGUUUGAUAUUUAAUUUUGGCUUUUACUGCGCUAAUUUUUAGUUUUAAAGUAUUUAUUACUUUUUUAUGGUGACUGAUCGUUCUUUUAAUUCGCGUGUUUUUGCUUUUCAGCGGGUGGGCUUAGUUUUUUUCAUAAAUGUUAAACAAAACGAUAAAACGUCAAUAAGCGUCAUAUUGCUGUCGGAUAGACACAAGUAAGCUUUUAAUUCGAGAACGAUGCAAUUGUAGAUAGCAUACUGUAGUUAACUUGUUUGUAUUUCGGUUCAAAGUGGGUAUUAUUUUAAAUUAAGGGAAAUAUACACAUUUAAAUAUAAUAAUAUUUUAUGAUAUUGACUACUUGCUAUUAUUUUCAGAGUUCUACGUUGAAGUUGUUCAUUAUAGGCUAAAAUAUUGCAGCAUAUUUUUGAGGUGUCUAUUUUGCUUUUUUAGUAGAUUAUGUCCUCUUGAUAAAGCACGCGUAUUGCAUACAGUUUUUAAAAUAUAGAUAUUGUCUUUCAUAAAUGGCUGGUCCGUUAAGUAAGAUCCAAUUCUGAUUAAGUAACUGUUUGUUUUAUGCCCCGACCGCAGGUGUCCGAUUUUAUUCGAAAGCGGAAUUUUUUUCCUCACGAGUGUUCUUUCGUCCACACAUAUCCGGUGAGAACGAUAACUGAAAACGCAACUUUUAAAUACCCUCUUCAGAGUCAAAAUUUUUGAAGUCGUCGUUUUCCUGUCCUGGUGUGGUUUGAUGAAAACGGAGAUUCUAGAAAAACGAUGACUUAACGGUAUCUGAUGUCACGCAGACAAAAUUGUUUCACUACGCAUGCCUUGGCCUUUUUGUCGGGCUAACGGUUGAGUCAAAUUUUUCUUUCAGGUUAAACGUACAAGUUAUUAUGUCAGAAAGCGACUAAAAAGAAUCCAAGCGCUUAACGAUUGAGCAGAGACCUCGACCUUCUGUGCGGGAAACGUUCCCAGACAGAAAAGAAAAUAUUCGUUUCCGAAUAAAAACUGCUACUUGUGGAAGGGGUCUUACGUGGGAGUAAAUAACCACUUUUCAUGAUAGUGUACCAUUUAUUUUGUCCACUAGUUUACGCCGAGCCAUAUCGAUUUUAAGAGCACUUCAAGCAAUUUUUAGUUGAGUGUAGACAGUAACACAGUCGCGUUUUAAUUUAGGCGAUGCAUAAUUGGUCAAAAAAUCUCACGUGCCUUUCUCAACCAAUCAGGAGUUGGAUCAAGUUUGUUGCAUGCCUUUUUUCCGCGCUUUGUUUUUAAAUUUAGGCGAUGCGUGAUUGGUUAAAAAAUAUCACGUGCCUUUCUCAACCAAUGAAGAGUUAGACCAAGUCUCUUGCAGGGACUUUUACCGCGCUUUUCGCCUGUUACUUAUUUCGUUUGGGUAGUGUCAGUCCUUUGUGAUUGGUCGAAGUGGUUACUAAUACGCUCAAGUGAAAACUGCGUUAUGGUUAUGUUGUAGAUUUACUUGUAUUUAUUGUGGUCAGCUGGUCAGACCAGAUGCAGAGGUUAUUCUAUUUAAUUGCAUGAUGUAAUUUUGUGCUGUUCAUUUAAUGACAGGGAAGUGAAAUCUUCAAAUACAAGUAGAAUUUUAC